UCUCCCAACAAUCAAUAAACUCAAACUAGUACUUGAAUACUGAUCAUAGAGAAAAAAGAACAGGGGAGACCUGAAGAACACAAGAAGAUGGCUAGCAGAGGAGUGUUUUCAUGGUCUGUUGUGGCCAUGCUCCUGGUUGCCAUGGUGGCCGGAGCAGCAGCGGCAACGAAGCAUGACGUGGGCGGCACGACCGGUUGGUCCAUCCCCCCCAACGCCAACGCCUCUUUCUACUCCGACUGGGCUGCUUCCCAGACCUUUGUUGUUGGCGACUCACUUGUUUUCAAGUUCCAAACGGGUGCACACAACGUGAUAGAGGUAGGCAAGUCGGACUACGACGCCUGCACGUCUAAGAAUAAGAUAGGCUCAGCCAUAACCACGGGGCCAGCGACUGUGCCCAUUUCCUCGGCCGGUCAACACUUCUACAUCUGUGGUGUGGCUGGGCACUGCAACGCGGGUCAGAAGCUUGCUAUUACUGUCACUGGCUCUUCCACCACGGAACAAGCACCGGCCCAGGCACCGGGCGGGCCUGCGCCUGCUGGGUCGACACCUACAACAACAACACCCUCGCCUGAGUCUGCUUCUGGACCAUCUGCCACCAAGGGAAGCAGCUCGGCCACUUCCUUAGCUUCUGGCUUUCCCAUGGCAGUGGCCUUCUCACUUGUCUUUGGCUUCUUGAUCUAAAUGUUUUACCUACCGCUUUGUAGAUCUGGCUUUUUUCAUUUGUAGUAGUAUUUCCUGAGUGACUUUUUUGUACCAGAGUGAGAUUUAUAUUAUUAUGUUAUUUUUAUAUUAUUAUAGACACAGUUGCUAUUUAUUUUCA